GAGUAGGAUGGCUUGCCAGGUACCUGGCCCCCAGAAAUAGACCAGGACAGGUGCUCCUCUUGCUCAGACUGAUUUGCAUGCUUGUGUCUGUGUGUUCUCCUGCAGGGAAACUCUUUGUGCUGGAAUCCUGGAAUGGCUCUCAGGGCCUGGAUCUGUCUGUGGCUCGGACCUCCUGUGCAGCCUCUGGCGCUCACCUGGCUACCGCCGCAGAGCUACGGCGAGCUGUGCUGGAAUGUUCCUUUGCCACGUGCACUACCGGCUGGCUGGCAGAUGGCACCGUCGGGACGACGGUGUGCAGCAAGAUGAAUGGGGAGCAGCAGAGUAUGAAAGCUGUGGACGUGAAAAUUGAAAGUGAGCUGAUUCCCGGAAACAAAUAUGAUGCCCUUUGUGUCAAGGAUGAAGAUAAACCAUGCGGGGAUCCCCCUUCCUUCCCUCACACCAUCCUACAUGGCCACACUGGAUUUGAGAUGGGGGAUGAGCUGCUGUAUGUCUGUGCUCAGGGCUACGUCAUGGGUCACAAAGAGACUGCCUUCACCUUGCUGUGUGACAGCUGUGGGGAAUGGUAUGGACUGGUACAGGCCUGUGUGAAAGGUGAAGCUGAGACACAUAUUGACUAUGAAGAGAAUUUCCCCGAUGACAGAUCAGUGCCACUCACAGAUCAUAAGAAGGAUAAGAUUAAGGAGGAAGAGAAGGAGGUUGGGGGCCAGGAGGAAGCUUCUGACAAACUAAAGCAGGGUUAUUCCAUCUCUGUUUCUCUAGGGAGAGAAAGUGUGACUGGCAACAAAGACAUAAAGACGAGGGGCCUGCCUGGAGGAGAAGGCAGAGUUCCUACAGAAUCUCCGGUCUCCUUGCUGAGCCAGAAACAUUUAUUUUGGUUCCCAGCUGAGGGUGAGCCUGAGUUGGAGAAAGAGAUGAUAGAGGAGAAUGGCCAAAGGCGUUUUUCCGAUGGAGAUAACCAUAUUGGAGUGAAAUCAAGACUCCAGGAGCCAGAUGCCAAAAUGAUCUAUGACAGUGCUGAUUUCCCCAUUGGACCAACCCUUGGCAGGAAUGACAGCAAGGUGGGGGACCACAUUACGAGCAGCAGUGAUGAGUCCUGGUUAGAUGGUUACCCUGUAACUGAUGGCACAAGGGAGGAAGAAGAAGAUGAUGAAGGGGACAAGGGGGAUGGCUCAGUAGGUAUGGAUGAAAGUAUUCUGGUUAUGACUGACCAGCCCAACCAUGUUGAAGUUAAAAAAUCCAGCAGUACCAUGUUCACUCUAGGUGAAGAUAUAACUCAGUUGACUGUCACUCUGCUGAGAACAUCGGACUAUGGACCAGUGACCUUCACACCUACUACUGCCCCUGAGAAUGUGAGUCCCAGCAAAGGAGUGAGUGACAUGGCCACAUAUCAGUCCACUGUGCCUUGGGGAUUUGCAACCGAUGAAUCUCCAGGGUCCACCUUGCUCUACGACCUUACCAACUCAACCCCAGGGACAAUGACGAUGGCAGAUCCCCAGCCCCUUGACCAUAUCCCAUCACCCAGAGAUGCUGAGAGAGAUGCCACCACUCUUCCUCCUACCCAGACCACCAUGCUCAGCACCCAUAGUAGUUUCCCAGAUUCACCCUCUGAGAGACUCAUGGAGCAGGAGCUUCCUACCUCAAGCAUAAAAGAAGAGCCUCUUCCAACCGCUGAGUCAUGUGUGGGGGAGGAUUGCUCAAACAUCAGUAAAGGCCCCGUGAUUGCCGUCAUAGUGAUCGUCCUGUGUCUGUUGCUGCUCCUGGUGGUUAUCAGCGCCGUGUGGUGCUACAGAAGGCGACAGCAGAAGAGUUCUGUGUAUAAGCUGAACGGCAAAGGUCAGACGCGGCAUUAUCACCAGCAGAUUGAGAUGCAGAAGGUCUAACUGGCACCAAUGCGCUUGCCCCUUCAGAAGCUGGUGAAAAGGACCAUCACACCCAACUGGUGAACUGGGACAGUUUUGGAGGGGGUGACUUGGCUGGGGUGGGGGGAGUGACUGACUCAUCCAGAAGAAGACUGUCUUCUUUUCCGAACACCUAACCAAACAGACAUUUUGAUGUUCAUUUUAAAGACCCUGGAGGGACUCCACAGUGAAAUAACAAAACUUAAGAUGCUCUGUUUUCUACUUCUCCAUUGUCUUCUGCGUAUGCAAAGAAGAAAGCGCACCCUGGCUGGCGAUGCUCUUGUUAUCUUUCCCAUGUCUUCCUUCACCAAGCAAAAGCCUGUGUUAUUGCACUCCUUCCCAACUCGAAGGAAAACAUCCCUGUUUGGGUUGAUCAUGCUGCUUUUCCUGAAAAAAGAAAAGAAAAAAUAAUUGGCCCCAUCCUUCAAACUGAUGAGAUAAAUGACAUCAAGGAACUGGAAUUCUGAGGCCUGUGUUAUCUAUCUGGAUGUUUUAUUGCCAAGCAUGGGACUGGGAAGAUACAUCAUGCUGUUGCCUUAUUAUUUUGUGAUGUUGCCCAAGGAGAAUAAAUUAGCUCAAUUUGGAGCCUUUGGCUUUGGGGUGGUAGAUCAAAAAUUGCGAAGCAAAGGGUUUUUAGAGACUUUUGGUGGGUGUGAAUGUGGAGGAGAGUGCCCUUCCUGCCCCGAGACAAAGACUUCACUCUGUUCUUCGUUGAGCAACGUCAGCUCUAAGCCAAUCCACUCAGCCUCCUUUGCAGAGCAGUGGCCUGGUCGCUCUUGGCCAUGAGUGACUGGUGCCAUCUCGAUCUUUUUGAAAAGGAUGGUAGAAACCAGUCAUUGGCCUUUCUCGCCACAGUAGCACUUCCUUCCUCUGAAGCUGGGAGAGAGACUUAUGACAAAGGGCAGGGGAAAUGUAAAGGGGGGGAUGGAAAUAGGGUAACCAGUGUGACUACUUCCUUGAUAAUAGAGAGGAUGAGGAUUUUGAAAUGGCCACAAUUGGGAGCUCCACCCAACCAGGCACUUUGGUCUGACUUUGUUCUGCAGCCCAUUCUGGAACUGGGCAUCUUUUGAGAAGCUGAAUAUUACUGGAAAAGAAAUGAAUCCAAAUGUAGACGUGGAGGAGAUCAGAUGAUGAAGUGGAUGUACAUAAAAGACAUUUUCUCCUUUCAUUCUAAAACCUUACUUGUUUUACUUGACAAGAAACCAGCACGUGCAUUAGUGGCAGCAUGGGGGAGCUGCCCUAAGAGCCAUGUUUGUCCUUUACGACAGAUUGUUGACAUUGUGACCAGUAUACCCAUCAACCUCUUCCAAC